AUGGACUGCUCCAAUGCUAGAUGCGGUACACCGACUUCCAAUCCGGUGCCAGAUACACCUGGACUGAACACUGGACACUUGACUCGGACGAUCGGACAUUUCGGCUUCAUCUUCAGAAAUGAUGAAGAAAAAGAGAUGCUGAAGAUCGAUCCUACUCUGAGAUCUGUUGUGGUUGGAGAGAGAAAAUCGUCAAAUCGUUUUCAAUUUUUAGCUCCAUUUUGGCCUGUUUUGACUGUCAUUAGCAAGCCUAUGGACAAAACUGGUGGAGAAUCGUCAAGCGAUGAGGCUGCUCAAAGUAAAGCCUUAUCUAUUCAACCGUAUAAAGAGCAAUUAGGGUCGUUAAUGAAAGAUUUACGCAGCCGAGAGAACGAACUACUGGAAAAGGCAGGUGGUCUCGAACAUGCUUAUUUUACUCAAGUCAAUAAGCGCGCUCAACAUUUCGAUGCGGCCAAGAAAAUUGUUGCCAAUUCGCUCAAUCAAGUCAUCCAGCAUAUUGGCCAAUUGGGCAAUAAAAUGUUAACCAUGGUCGAUCAGCAGAAAGAACAAAUUGAAUCUUUAGAAUCGCGAAUGAAUAUUCUCAAUCAGUCAUUAGUAAAAGGAAUAACAGCCAUCAAUCAUAGCGUAUUCUCUGCUGUUAGUUCAUUAUUUGCAGUUAAGGGUCAUAACCAAUUGCAAUUAUACAAGGCCAUAGACAUCCACAAUGAUAAAGUUGCUUUACAACAAUUUGAAGCACUUGGCGUUUCCGUUGAACCAGUUCGUAAAUCCAAGAAAACAAUAAUCAAGGAUAAGACUAAGACACAACGGUACACCCGUAAAGCCAUUGAUUUCAAUAGCUUGGAUGAUGUUGGUCAAGGUGCAAAAUCAAAAGUUGGACAAGUACGUGGUAAGCGAGCAGAAUCACUACAGCCGAAAUUUAACAGACAAGGUAGCGUUAGUUCGACAACGCGAUCUAUCAACGGAUCCAUGGAAACAGGGAAUACCUCCAUACGGCGAGGCAGCGUACCUAAAUCGGGAAGUUUAUCCUCUGUGAACAGUAAUACCUCUCAACCAGUUAGCAGUACUAGCUCAGAAAUUAAUGAAUCGCCUAGACAAAGUCGGUCAUCCUCUAUAAAAUCGGUUCAAUCGGGUACUUCUAGUGGAACUGUGUCUGUUGUUCAAACUAAAAGGAUACAAGAAAAAACUUCUCACCCUCCAUCAAAUCUGAGAGCCAUAUCCAGCGAAAGUUUAAACUCUCAAUCAUCAACCGAUUCUACUUCGACGUUUGGAUCGAAUAAGAGGAAACCAGUUAGUAUAUUUAGAUUGGCAUCAGAGGAGAAGCAUGAAGAUGUUGCACCGCCGCCACAGCCCCAACCAAUGGCCCAAUCGAAGCCCCAGUCGCAACCCCAAUCACAAUCGUUCCAUGCGUUAAUAAGUCAGAAGGACUUACCACCACCAGCCGAUGAAGACUUUGUUGACUUUCCACCGCCAGCUGAUGACAUAGGAAUACCUCCUCCUCCUCCAAUAAUACCUGAAGAUGACGAUUUUGAUAUUCCUCCACCGCCUCCUUUAGAUAUAGACGAUGACGAUGAGAUACCCGUUCCACCCCCUCCUGCACUUGAAUCCAAUGAUACUAAUGUAGAAGUUGAAUGGAUCCCAACUCAGUACAUUAGGAAAGUGCGAGCAAUGUACGACUAUAGACAACAGAGAAGCGAUGAACUCAAUAUUGAUGACGGUGACGUAAUAUACGUUAUCAAGGAAAAUAUGGACGGUUGGUUUGAAGGAUCUCUAAAGGGUAAAGUAGGCAAAUUUCCUGGCAAUUAUGUGGAGCCUUUAGACUAA